AUGGCGUCGCUCUCUGCUGCUGCGGAGGAGUCCAAGCUGUCGCCGGAACUGCUGCGCACGAUCCGCGACGACGCAGAGGCGCGCGUGGACGUCAUGGUGCAGCUCACGUCGCCAUCUCAGGCGGUGCAGGCCAGCCGCAACCAUGCUGACGCGGCGGAUCUGAGCCGCACCCAGCGCGUCUCGUGCGUGGCCGAGUCGCUCCAGGAUUUCGCCGCGCACACGCAGCAGCCGGUAAAGGAUCUGCUCGCACGGCACAGCGAGCUGUUCCGCGGCUCCACGUUCCUGUGGAUCAGCAACUCCGUCGCCGUGCAGGGCGCGCAGCGAGAGCUGCUGCUGGCUCUGACGCGGCUGGAUGCAGUGGAGAAGAUCGAUCUGGAACAGGUCUUCCAGAUUCGAACAGAAAAUCAGUAG